AUGAGGGCUUUUGAGACUCCGGGAGGUUUGCCUCCUCAGCAGUUGUUCGGCGUCAAGUGUGCCGUGGCACCGAUUCGCUGUGCCGAGGCAAUGAUUCUCGAGUGGAUGGCUGAGCCUCGUGUGGGCGUGCUCAUGGACCUGGGGAGGAUCAGAUCCCUUUAUCCUGCUAUCAUGGCCCAGCUGGGGGCUGGCAGGCAGGUGGAGAACGAUUGCGUAGCUUCCAUGCUGGUGCAGGUGCUGGGGGUGAAAGAGAGCGCUGAUCUGCAGGAAGGGUUUGGUGCUCUCAUGCAGAAUCUGCUGUCAGGCGGGCUGGAAAAGGCGCAUGCAGCUGAAAAGGGGAGUGAGGGAGCUGGGGGAAUGGGUGCUGAGAAGACACAUGAGGAGGAAGGGGGAAUAAGGGGGGAGACUGCUGAGAAGGCGCAGGGGGAGGAGGGAUGGGCGGAUGGCGAGGUGAUGGAUAGGGGCGGGGGCAUGGAAAAGGAGGAGGAGCAGGGGGUUGAUGAUGCUGGUGAUGUGAGGGACGGAAGAGAACCAAAUUGUAGCAGCGAGGCGAGCAGAGGGGAAGACAGACGUAGUAGCAGGGCGGCUAAUGGAGCUGCUGAAAAAGGGUGGCAAAGGGGGGAAGAAUGGGCAAUGGAGGGAGCAUUUGAAGGGGCGUGUGUGGGAGAGUUCGCCUAUUGCCCCCUCUACGUUCUCUUCAACCGCUUCUUAUCUGUCUUCCCGCCACACUCUGCUGGGUUUGAUGCACUUUUGGAGAACAUGGGGUUGCCGCCGUUUCCCUCAGGCUCGCCUUCACGUACCAACCUUGCGGUUCUGUGCGUGAACAAGAUGGCUGUGACGGGGAGGAAGAGAGGGAAGGCUCGGCGAGGGAUGGGAAAAGGAGGGGAGGAGGAGGAGGAGGAGGAGGAGGAGGAGGAGGAGGAGGAGGAGGAGGAGGAGGAGGAGGAGAAUGAUGGAGAGUCAUGGAGAGUGGCACUACUGGUGCUGGCAGCGUCAGUGGCGGGUAGCAGUGGCAGAGGAGGCGAUGGUGCUGGCACCAGUAGAGAUGGUGACGAUGCUGAUGGUGGCAAGUGCAAAGAGGGAAAGGGCAAGAAGGGGGAGCUGCCGGCUUAUUUGAAGGCAUGGCCGGGGGGGGGGGUCAAGCUGGUGGCAUGUCUGCGAGAGUUGCUGCUGGGGGAGCCGUGCUACCACCCUGCCUCUCAUGCUUCCCCUUCCGUCCCUCCUCCUGUUGUGAACACCUCUGGUGCAGUUGCUGCUGCCUCGUUCCACCCACCUGUGCGAAACCUUGCUACCACAUCAGCCUAUGAUGCUUCUUCUACACAUGUCACCCCAACUACUGGUGCUGCAACAGGCACUACAAGAACAGCUGUACCCAUUGCAGAUGAAGAGGCCAAUUUUCCUGAUGCUUACAAGGAGAGUAGUAGCCGGGGUGGUGGCAGCAGCAGCACUGGCAAGGUGGGUGGCAAGGCGAGCAGUGGGGGUGUUGGGAUGUUUGCUGCUCUGCUUGUUGCAAGUCAUCCAUAUUGUGCAGCACUGCUGAGCAUUCUCAGAGGUGCCUAUAAUAGGAGUGUGCAUGAAGUUCCCUUGCAGAUGGCUGGGUUGGGCCCUUUGCUGCUGUGUGCCGCCGUGCUUGCAGUUGUGCUUGCUGCCAGAUAUGAACCUUGUGUUGCAGCAGCUGCACUGCUUGAGAAGCAAAUGUAG